AGUCAAGCUUCACCCCGGGCGCUUUUUACAAUAAUCCGUCCCCUUCCACCUUGCAUUUUUCCACUUACUAUAACAGUAUUUUAUUAUAUUUCUACUACCAAACUAGUCGCUCCACCUAAUAUUUGUCGUGUUUUCAUGCAAGAGGCGCAUCAAACUGCUGGAUUAAACCGUUGACGUAAUUAUUCAAUCAUUUUCUGGGGGAGGAUGAUCUAAUUUAAUCUGCUGGUUGGUGGAAAUAUUUUACUCCAAGCUGAAGAUGUCGAAACAUCCGGCGAUGACGUCUGUGUUGUUCCACCUGCUGCUGCUCGAGUCCAUCCUGAUAUGCGGCGCUGCUAGAGGUCCGCCCAGGGUAUCGGAGCGCGUGUCCCACCGCCAGAGCGUGCGGCUGGGCCGCACGGCGAAACUACCGUGCCCCGUGGAGGGCGACCCCCCGCCGCUCAUCAUGUGGACUAAAGGCGGCCGCAACAUCAACAGCGGCUGGACUCGCUUCCGCGCGCUGCAGCACGGUCUGCGCAUCAAAGAGGUGGAGGCGGACGACGGCGGCUCAUACAUCUGCAAGGCCACCAACGGAUUUGGCAGCGUCAGCGUCAACUACACGCUCAUCAUCAUUGAUGAUUCCGGAGCUGGAACAGCCAACUCAGAUGAUGUUCCAGAGCUGGCCGGGAAGCUGGUGCGUCCUCGCUUCACUCAGCCCGCCAAGAUGAGGAAGCGCGUCAUCGCGCGGCCGGUGGGCAGCUCGGUGCGCCUCAAGUGCGCUGCCAGCGGUAACCCUCGGCCCGACAUCGUGUGGUUCAAAGACGGACGUCCGCUGGCACGCGGCGACGACAGCGGCGGUGAAGAGGAGGGAAAGAAGAAGUGGACUCUGAGUUUGAAGAGCCUCGCGCCGGAGCAUAGCGGAAAAUACACGUGUCGCGUGUCCAACCGAGCGGGGCACAUCAACGCUACCUACAAAGUGGAAGUCAUACAACGCACAAACUCCAAGCCCAUCCUGACGGGAACACACCCGGUCAACACGACGGUGGACUACGGCGGCAGCACGUCCUUCCAGUGUAAAGUGCGCAGCGACGUCAAGCCGGUGAUUCAGUGGCUCAAGCGGGUGGAGGCCGGCGAAGAGAACAAAUUCAACUCCACGCUUGAAGUGGGGGACCACCGUUAUGUGGUCCUGCCCACUGGGGACGUUUGGUCGCGGCCCGACGGCUCGUACCUCAACAAGCUUCUGAUCACUCGUGCCAAAAAGGAGGAUGCCGGCAUGUACAUCUGCUUGGGCGCCAACACCAUGGGAUACAGCUUCAGGAGUGCCUACCUCACUGUCCUUCCAGAUGUGAAGCCCCAAAACAACUUAGUCCUGACCGCCGCCUCGCCCAGCUUACCCUGGCCGGUCAUCAUCGGGAUUCCAGUGGGCGUGGCCUUCGUCCUGGGCACCGCCCUCCUCUGGUUCUGCCAGUCCAAACGUAGCUGCCAAUCUUCUUCCUCCUCGCCUUCCUCGCAAACCUCCUCCGCCGUCCAGCGCCUCCCGGUGGCGGGCCGCGAGCGAGCCUGCCCCGGCGCCGACAAGGAUGGCCUUUCUUACGAGGACUAUUCGGCUCACCAGAACCAGCCGCUGACCUCCUCCAAGCUGUACCUCAAAAUCUACACGCACGACAUUCACACGCACUCGCACGUGGACGGAAAAGUGCACCAACACCAGCACAUUCACUACCAAUGUUAGCAACGGAGGGACAAAAAACAGCCGCGACACUUUGGGACACAAUGAAGAAUGUAAAGAGAUUUUUUUUGUAAACAAUCAAAAGUCCCUCAGAGUAUUUUUUUUUCUAAACUAACAAUACACCCCACGCUCUGGCCUUCUGUAAAUAGUAAGAUCUAACUAUAUAGCAUUUAGCAUGCUUUUGUAUAAAUGUAAUAAUAUUAUCAGUUCAUUUUAGCGUAGCCAAAAUAAAACGCUUGAAGCAUAUUUGCUUCAUUGGGAGGAGACGAAGGUGAAAUACGCUGCUAAAGAACUGCAAAAGCACUGCAAAGCACUCUGUGGACAGUUCUUCAGGUACACCUUAAUAUUUUUACCAUUUAGUGCAAUUCCUUUAGAAUUGGCUGUUUUUGGGCCAUUUUACUGAGCAACAUGAAAUUGGUAGGCAUGUCUAUUAAAAGUAGAGAAUUGGCUUGAGGCAGCCGUUUUACAGUAUGUGAAAGCUAGCCUCCAAAUAGAAAAUUCUCGUUAGGGUUGCACCGAUACCAAUUUUUGGCUCCCGAUACCCAUAUGGUAUCGACCAUUACAUUUGUACGUAAACAUACGUUUUUAGUUUAAAAAAAAAAAAAAAAAAAAGUAUUUUCUAAGGUUGUUCCGAUCAUGCUUUUUUUUGCUCCCGAUAUUUCCCGAUCCGAUUGCUUUUUUUUGCUCCCGAUUCAAUUCCAAUCAUUCCCGAUAAUUUUUCCCGAUCAUAUACAUUUUGGCAAUGAAUUUAGAAAAAAAAUGAAUAAAACUCGGACGAAUAUAUACAUUCAACAUACAGUACAUAAGUACUGUAUUUGUUUAUGAUGACAAUAAAUCCUCAAGAUGGCAUUUACAUUAUUAACAUUCUUUCUGUGAGAGGGAUCCACGGAUAGAAAGACUUGUGACUUUGUAUAUUCUGACUAACUAUUGCCAUCUAGUGUAUUUGUUGAGCUUUCAGUAAAUGAUACUGUAGCCAUGCCCAAAUGCAUGAUGGGAAGUGGAACCAUGACUGUGCGUAGUGCUA